UAGUGUAUUAAAAAUCUCUACUAAAACCUUAAUUUAUCUCAAACGUGAUGCUUUAAUGAUCUUUAUUCUAUAUUUAAGUAGAUAACAAUUUGAUAAAGUCAUUUUCUUAUGAGCUAAUUCAUUACUUGGAUUGACUGGCGGUUUCAAACAUGUUAGUUUUUGUUUGUUUCGUUUAUUAUUUAGCCGUAGCGAGUGCACAUGGAAUUCAAGAAGAAUCUUUUAGGAAAAAUAUCAUGAAUGAAAUAACAGCAUUGAAAACAAGACAGAAUUCGUGUGACAAAAAAGUUUCUGAAUUACAGGCUGUCGUAGAUGAACUACAGAGACAAAACUAUGAAUUGAAACAAGAUCGAAAUACUGGAAAUUAGGGAUGACAUGAAUCCGUCUAAAGAAAACUCUGUUCUCGAAAAUCAAGACUUUACAGACAAUGUUACAAGUAGCAGCAACCGACAGAGACGAAUGGUAACUGGCGGCCAGGUGGUGGCAUUUACAGUCGGCAUAUCUAGUUUCAAUCUAAAUCAUUUAGGAGAUUACCACACAAUCAUCUUCGAUAAAGCCAUCACCAAUAUUGGAAAUGCCUACAGCGUUAACUCUGGUAUAUUCCAAACACCACUGAAGGGAGUUUAUGUGUUCACCUUGACAAUGAUGGUUAUUCCCUACCACGCUGAGUAUCUGCAAAUUGUUGUCGAUGGAAAUCUAAUUACUGAUAUAGCUGCAUUUGCCUCCUCCAUUAAUGAAUAUGUUUCAACUACUAGGCAGUGGGUACUCGAUUUAAAAGCUGGGUCUGAAGUUUGGAUUAGAACAUCUCCGAUUGGAAAUAGAGGAGAGAUACACGGUCACAUGCACACAAGUUUCAGCGGAUUUCUACUGUUUCAAACUGCUUAAUUAUUAUAAUUUACUAAUGGCUGAAACAGUAACAUGAUUAAAUAGAUUUAAAAUCAAAA